AACAUCGUACGCAAAGUACUUACCUCAUCUUCUCAUCGUGAGCUCAAAAUGCACGAGAUCUACGAAAGAGUACACGCGGAGUUCCCAGAUGUAACUACAGACAUACCACCAGGGAAACCGAUCGCUACUGGCUUUCGCAACCACGGAGGCAGGAUUAAACCCACUGAAACUGUGCCUCUCCCACCUAAACUAGAUCAUGCAAUUCGUUCAGUAAAAUACCUGAAGAAGACAGUCUUGGAGGAAAUGGCAGCGGCACGGGAAAUCGAGGAGGUACACAUAAAACGAGGACAACUUCAUGAAGAUGGCACUCGCGAUCUAUCUAUCGUGUCUAAGGCAUAUGGCAAGACAGAAAUUACGAGUGACUCAAAUAUGUCCAUGUCCAAUGUCUGGCACUGGAGGUUGACACCGGACUAC